AUGCGUGUAUACAUUCUCGAAGCGGAGCUGGCAAAGUAUAGAAACGAGCCCCAGAGCCGCAAUGGCGGUGACACAGAACAACAGGAGCAGCAGGGGUUAAAGGUCGAGGAAUCAGAUCGGCCUUCGUCUAUCGAGUCACUCGAGCAACACCGUGAAGAUGAUAAGGAAGCCGUGGAUUUACUCUCUCGGGACAUCGAAGGCUUAACAGUAGAAGAUGAUGGGCGCAUCUCUUUCCAUGGGCCAACGAGUCUAUUCCAGCUGCCGAGCGGUCUGGCAGAGGCAGCUAACCCGGCUUUGCCAGUCGAUAAUGAGUCCGAUGGUCGAAAGGAGCGUCUCAUUAACAAUGCAUGGAGAGAACGUGCCUUCGAGCAGUUGACUACCAUCCCAGAACCAUUCAACUACCUUCUGGAUUCUCAUUGGUGUUGGAUACAGCCUUUGUUUAAUUUCGUUUAUCGCCCGGCUUUCACACGUGACAUGAAGAUGAACGGCCCUUACUUUUCGGAAAUCCUCCUGAACGCUAUUCUCUCCCACUCGCUUCGAUGGUGCAGGGACGAACCGAAGAUUGCUCGUAUGCUUGAUGCAUACGAUGGAGGGCAGCAAUUCCGACAACGAGCCGUGACGGGGUUAUUCGAAAGUUUGAAAGGUGGAAACGGUCAAAUAACGGUUGUCCAAACGCUUCUUCUUCUCAGCGCUCAGGAAUGCGGCCGUGGAAAUCGUACGCAGGCGUGGUUAUACAGCGGGAUGGCCUUUCGACUACUAGAGGAUUUAGGUAUAACCAUCGAUAGCCGAAAGUACUCUGGGUCAGUGCAGUUCUCAGAUGAAGACGUUGAGAUAAGAAAUCGACUUUUCUGGAGCUGUUACUUUUGGGACAAACUGGUGUCGCUCUACUUUGGUCGAUCUCCAAUCAUCCAGGAUACCCCGGUCUCUCCGCCGCGGAUUCUUUUGGACGAUACUGCAGAGAUCGAGAUAUGGACUCCUCACGGAGUAGUAUUCCCCGAGGGCAUGCACUAUCCUCCGACGCAGGCACAUUCGACGUCAUGCUUCAUGAAGAUGUGUUCGUUGGCUGAAAUCCUCAAUCAAAUUAUUAUCCAUAUCUAUGAUCCUGUUCGCCAAAGCACGGAAGCUCAGAUACAGGAAUGUGUGGAUAAACAGGGAGCCAAUCUCGAAAAAUGGUGGAAUGAGCUCCCGCCAUUCCUAAAACUCAUCCCCAAUAAUCUUCCCACAUAUUGCCCACCAAGCCAUGUUGUGACUCUUAACUGCAUAUAUCACACUACCAACAUCCUCCUCCACCGUCCAAUGCUCUGCUCCAGGCCCUUCAGGUCAAGGGCAAAUGCUGCAAGCAAUGCUAACCAUUUGGUUCAAUGCCUCUCCUCUGCAUCCUCCAACAUAUCUCUUUAUGACCUCUUUAGACGGACAUUUGGUGACAGUCACGUCGUUCUGUCUCUUGCAUACAGUUUAUAUACAGCUGCUUCUAUCUUCAUACUUGAGAUCCAGGCAUUGAAAUAUGCGUCUCCUUCAACGUUGGAAAAGCUGAGAUACUGCAUCCUAGCCCUUGAACGCGUGAAAGCUGCCAAUCCAGGUCUGCAUCCAUUAAGUGAAGGGUACCUUGAAAAACUCAUUGUAGCUAACCUUGAACUAGUAAUACACACUGCCCUUGGCCUGAUUGAGAAAGAGCUCAAGAAGCUCCGAAUCAAUAUAUUCGACACGCCGGCCAACCCAGAUCAACAAACCAUCCCGGCUGUAUCCCCACAAACUACUACAUCGUCGCCGCCUUCCUCUCUAGACCCCUUACAUAGCCAACAUAUGUAUACCCUGCCACCCCAUGGGGCGUUUAGUAUCACACCUCCUCCAGCAGAUCCCCAACAGGCACAUCAGCAGCACCAACAGCCAUUGCCACACCAAAACUUCAUGAUGGAUACCCCACCGCUACCUGACCCGCCUGACUUCAUCGCUCAAGAUCGAAUGUAUGAAAUCGCACCAGAGCUAUUCGAAGCCUUCUCAUAUGCGGAACCUAACACGCCCGGUGGUGUUGGGGCAGGGUUCGACUCUACUAACUGGGCCGGCACCGGGCCGACAAGUUAG